CGCUCCCCUCAGAGGCGCUCGGCGGGCGCGGGGGCGAUGGCGGCGGCGCCGCCUUGGCGGUCCGGCCGGGUCCGGCCCCUUCCCACCCGCGGCUGCUACCUAUCCGCCCGCGAGCGGCGGGAGGAGGACGAGGAGGAGGAGGAGGAGGACGACGGGGAAACCACCCCGCUGCUGCCGCCGCCGCUGGGCAGCAGUUCUUCAAGUCGUGGUUCUUCCUUUGCUUUCUCAGUGUUUAACUUAAUGAAUGCAAUCAUGGGCAGUGGGAUACUUGGCUUAUCCUAUGCCAUGGCCAACACAGGGAUCAUGGGGUUUAGUAUCUUGCUGCUGAUUGUUGCCAGCCUUGCUUCUUACUCUGUGUUUCUUCUGCUCAGUAUGUGCACUCAGACUGCUGUCACUUCUUAUGAAGACCUUGGCCUGUUUGCAUUUGGAUCAACUGGAAAGGUCCUUGUUGCAACUACAAUAAUUAUCCAGAAUAUUGGAGCCAUGUCAUCUUAUCUGUUGAUUGUGAAGUCUGAACUUCCUGGGGCUGUUGCGGGGCUUUUGAGUGGAGCCGAGAGUGGGUCUUGGUACCUUGAUGGGAAACUGCUGCUGCUGCUUACUUCAGUCUGCAUUGUUUUUCCUCUGGCCCUUCUUCCUAAAAUUGGCUUUCUUGGCUACACAAGUAGUUUAUCAUUUUUCUUUACGGUGUACUUUACUCUUGUGGUUAUGAUUAAGAAAUGGUCGAUCCCUUGUCCUCUACCUCUGAGUAGUGCCAUAGAGACUUUACAGGUUUCAAAUUCUACUGGGGAUUGUAAAGCAAAGCUCUUUCAUCUUUCAAAAGAGAGUGCUUAUGCAAUACCAACUAUGGCCUUCUCUUUUCUGUGCCAUACCUCAGUCUUGCCAAUCUAUUGUGAGCUCCAAAGUCCAUCCAAAAGGAGAAUGCAGAAGGUAACUGUCACAGGAAUUGGUCUGAGUUUCCUAAUUUACUUUCUGUCUGCUCUCUUUGGGUACCUGACAUUUUAUGACAAAGUGGACUCUGAAUUGCUGCAAGGCUAUUCCAGGUACCUGCCAAACGAUACCAUCAUCAUGACUGUGAGAGCAGCCAUUCUGUUUGCUGUGCUCCUGACAGUCCCUUUAAUCCAUUUUCCAGCAAGGAAAGCUGUGUUGAUGGUGUUUUUCUCUCAUCUUCCUGGGUCAUGGAUUUGCCAUAUCCUUGUCACCUUAACACUGAAUACAGUUGUUGUUCUGUUUGCAAUGUACGUGCCUGACAUUAAAAAUGUAUUUGGAGUAGUUGGUUCAACCACAUCAACAUGUUUGCUUUUCGUAUAUCCUGGACUAUUUUAUCUUAAGCUUAACAGAGAGGACUUUGUAUCACCACAGAAACUAGGGGCUUGUGCCUUGGUUAUUUUUGGCAUUUGCGUUGGCCUUCUCAGUUUGGUUCUGAUAAUUUCCAAUUGGGUUGAUCAGUAACAGCUUACUGACACUGUCUGAACUGAACUUCAGGAGCACAGCAAGAACCAGAGAGGUGCCAACACUACUGUGAGUGCUGGACAUCCUAAAGAAACACUGACCAAAGCUGCCAUGGAAGAAGUAAUGCUCUUUUCAGCUACAUUAGUGAUGGUCCUUCUUUAAUCUUGAGUCACUCUCUUCAGUUAUUGGACAAUUUGUCUUUGCCGUUCUAAAAUAUGAGUUUUUCAUGAUGUAAUAAUGACAGGUAAAAAGGUCUCGAGAAUUUCUGCAAUGCAAAAAUGGUUUAGGGCACAUGGUGAACAAAACAGACACUUGAAAUAACUUGUCCUUUCAAGACAAGGUAAAUAGACAUUACAUCAGUCUUUAUGGGCAUAAUGUGAUAUCUGCACCUAGGAUAAUGCACAUUGUCCUAAUCCUUGAAAGACUUGUAUUGCUUGAAUAAUUUCCAAAAUUUCAACCAGUUCAGAUUAAGAACUUGUUGAUUCCAAGUGUUUAAUUUAUCCUAAGAUGGAUCUAGAGAGCAACUGCCUUAGCCCAGUUUAAUGGGCAGAUCAUGAUAAUAUUUUUUAAUUUUUUUUUUGAAAUACAGGUUUUCUGUGUCAGCACACUUGAAUCAUCCUGAUGUAAUUUUUAAAUUAGCAGGCUUUGCCCAUUAAGCAUAAUAGCAUUUAGUAGCAUUUCAUUUUGUUUUUUCAUUUUGCAAUUAAUAAUAGACAUUUUUCAAUUAAUAUCUGCUUUUGAAUACUUCUCAAAGUACCUCAGUAUUCCUCCAAGUGAAAGACUUUUCUCUUUUUCUCUCUAAUUCCCAUUUUUACAAAUGUUUCAGGUUUGAACUAAAGUGUUUCUGUAUUUUGUGUUCUGUUGUGUGUCAGAGAAUAUUUGGGCUUAAAAGAUGAAAAUCUGCCUCUGUUGAAGACAAAGGGAAAUUUUACUUUUUUAGAACCCUAAUUUUACCUCAUAUGUCUAUAAACUUCCAUGUUUUAUAAUCACUCCUUUUUUUAGCCCCCUGAAUGUGAAUGCAAUUUUCAACACCAACUGGGCUUUGUUGGAAAUGGAAUUGGGUACCCACAAGAGAAGUUCCUCAUUGUAGUAGAUUGAAAGCAGUGGCUGAGACUAUGGUGUCUUUUUAAGAUUUGCUUCUAUCAGGUGCAAUCUGAUGGCCUUAAAGUGGCCUUAUCUCUUCAGAGACUUCAUGCCCUGAGGAAGCAAAGGCUGACUGAAUGUGCUUGGUCCUCUCUUGUCUAAUGGGAAGGAACAGCAAAUAGCAGAGGUGGAAUCACCUUCUCUAUUCCUGAGCUGACAAACUAGGGUUUCUCAUGCCAACAGAUCACUUGGCUCUCUCAGGGUCCAGACGAUACUUUUCAUUUCUAAUGGCUGGUCUGAGCCACCCAGGUGGUGCAGGUUAGUACUGCUUCAGAAAUCCUUUUUGCUUGGAAGUAUCCUUCUACCUAGGAGUUUAAUAUAGAAAUAGACACAUACGGUGAGGCCAGGGAACUAACUCAGGAGUUCUGGUAGGAUCCCAAAGAAAAAGAUCCCUGGAAAAGGCUGAAGUUAUUUUUAUAAAGAAGUUCCUAGCAGAGGUUUCGUGACUCCAGGUGAGCCAUGUAAUAGUUUGGCAGUACCAGAAACAGCACAUCCACUCUUGGCCAGGAGUCCCCAGCUCCUCCUGUGGCACUGGCAGUGGCUGCUGUCAGCAUGUUGAACCAGCAGAAAACCAAGGUGACCACAAGUUGUGACGUUAUCUGCCUAAAAAGUGAACUUGCCUUUAUUCUUCCAAUUCAAAUUCCUGUUAACCAGGUGUAGCUGCCUUCCUGCCUGUGGCUGUCCUCUGAUAACUGUGUCUCACAGGCUUUGUCACACUGCAGGGAUUCAGAUGCUCAUGGAAUCUCUGGCACUACUGUAGAGAACUAAAAAUAUACCUUGUAAAAGUGUACCUUGAAUAAGCACUGACAGCUGUAUAUCAGGAAGUGAUUUUCUGUCUGACUGAACCAAAACUCCUUUGGAAAACAGGAGACCUUACACUGAUGAGCAUUAACUCAGGGAUUUUUGUCAGACACUACAAUUUAGAGAGUGUAUUUAUUAUAAAUUUUACAGAAGAACAUCACUGCAGUCACUUUAUUUUAAACUCUAACCAAUAAUGCUUAAGUCUGAAUACUUAGAUUAUCUGUGAGGAGACAGAAACUUGGCAAAACUUUGCUAAGCUUUUGCUCUUCCCGCCUUGCUCUGAAACAGCUGAGUCUUGCCCUGCACUGUAAUGCUCUGUUGCCCUCAGGCAGUUUGGUUUGUGUGCAUCAUCUUGAAAAUGUGACUGAGAAAAUACUUGAAAUACAGGGUUAAUUUUACAGUGGAUUCCUGUAGUGCUGCAGAAGUCACUAUAGUAUUGUUUUUAAUCCUUAGGUAUUAUCCUAACUAGCCUGACUAUUGACUGACUAUCCUGAUAGGUAGACUUUGGAAUGGUGAAUUCCAGUGUAUGAAGUUAAUACUUGAUGAGGAUGAAUGGGAGCAAUUCACAGCUCUGCUGAGCUCUAUUACUGUGUUUUGGCUGUGGUGCAGAAAGGAGAGCACAGGAGUUUACAGAAUGCCUGUUACCUUUCAUCUGAAAAAGAAUUAGAAAUGCUGCUACUUCUGAAAUUUCUGUGGUUCAUAACUUAAAAUAUAGAGAAAGGGAGAGAGAGGGGCAGAAAAAAUAUUCUGUUCCCAAAUUUAGAAGGUAUGAGUGUUGUCCACAAUGAAAAACCAGAAUAAUUUAUCGUUCUCAUCUCCCACGGCUGUGCUGUGCAUUGUGUCUCAAGGGUUUUCCCACACCUGUGCACUUCCAUGAAGUUUUUGAGCAGAAGAGGCCUCCAGUCUGGAACUCUCAGUUCACUCAAAUGCUGACAAAUAUUUUCUUCAUUAUUCUUGCAUAUAGAUAUUUUUUUCUUCCAAAUUUCCAGAUUUAUAAAUUUCAGUGACUCUACUUUAUUGCCUGUCAUCAGCGUUUUCCAACCUUCUUCUCUGAAGACAGGAAUGGAUGAGGGGACCCCCACAGCAUUUCUGAACUCACUUGGAAAGGUUCCCUUUCCCCAGUUGAGCAGGAAGAACAAUGUGAGAGAUGAAAAUUAAUUGGUUGCCUUUGAUUUAUUUUCUCUUUUUCUCCUAUUUCCAUUCCUUGUCCAUUUGGAGGCUGCUCAAGUUUCAGCUGGGCUGUGGUAAGCUGGGUGUGAAGAGUGUUUUCUGUAACCAGUGUGGCAGGAAGGAGACUGCCAAACAACAAUGCUCAGACCCAGGAUUAUUGUAGAACUCCUUUCCUAGUUAGAUUUAAUUUAGCACUUUACCUGAAAUUGUUGUUUUCAAGUUGAUUUUGAUGUUGAAACCAUUCAGUGUAGCUGCUCUCCAUACAAAGAAACCUUUGGACCUGUUUAUUCUUACUGCCAGUGGGAGAGAAUUUUCAGUAUUACAAAAGGGCUGUGUAAUUUCUCAGUUUGUGUUGGUGGUCUUGGUACUUGUGUGCUUCAGUAGUGUUCAUCCAGCCACACUUCAUGUGGAAAUGGAAUUCCCAAAAGAAAUCAAUAAUGAUCUGGAUGUAAAAAUUGCGCAGCUCAUGUCAGACCUCUGUAUUGUACAACAGAUUUUCUGUUUUGAGUUCUCCUUGUCUCAGGUUCACUGUGGAACAGCCAAGGCAUGUUCCAAAAAAUGACCAGCAGAAAAUAAAAAGCAGUUUACAAUCUA